AUGAGCGACAACAAUAUAGCAAAUGAUAUAAUUGUUGAUUCUGGUAAUAAUGAUGACAGUAAAAAAGAAGUGGAAAAGAAAGAAAAAGUGAAAGAAAAAGAAGAAAAGGAAGAAGUCAAGGUUAAAGAUGAAGAAGACAUUAAAAAAGAAACUAUCACUAUUCCUACUAAUAAUAAUAUCAAUGAUACUGAUAACAAAGAACAAGUUUUGACACAAACUUUGGAAGUAAAUGAUAAACAUGAUAAACAAAAUUCACAGCCAACAAUUAUUAACAAAGUAAAUGAUGGUAAGGAAAGUCAACAAAAUGAGCCUCCUAAUCCAGCAACUUCACCUCUCCUUUCAACUUCUCCAAAUUCCGGUGAACCAAAGAAAUUUGAUUUUAUGAAAAAAGUUACCUCAAAAUUAGAUAAAUUUAUUAAUUCAAGUGCCAGUAAUGGUGUUAACAAUAAUGAUAAUGAUAACGAUAGUCAUGUUAUUAAUGAUGAUUCUGUUUCCAAAUCCCCCGAGUCACCUCCUAUUCAAUCAUCCAUCACAAAUGUUCUUCCUCUUACAUCAGAUUCUAAAUCUCAAAAUUCUUCUACAACCACCACCAAUACAACCAACAACAAUAUAACAGAAGAAAUAGUGAUUGAAAAUAAUCAAGUUAAUGAGGUUAAGGAUGAUGAAAUGGUUGAAUGCAGCCAAACAAAAUCACCAGUCACGUCUACUAACAAUGAAACAAAUACACAAAAUUCAAGACAAUUUUUCAACUUUGCUAGUAAAUGGAGCAAUGUUCGUGGAUUUUUUAAACGUUCUAGCACAACUGUUGUAAAUAAAUCACGUGAUGAAUUGGAUGAAUCCAAUAAACAUGAAGAGGAACCAGGUACUAUAGAUGGUCAAAAUGCUGAUAAAAAAAUUGAUGAAAUUUCUAAACGUGACCAAUUAUUGGAAGGAUCAAACAUUAAUGAUAAUAAAUCAACAAAUCGUUCAGUUAAACAAACACAAUCAACUCAUCAAGCAUUGGCCGAAACAGCAAAUGCACUCAAUGAACGUGCUGAAAAACUUGACCAACUUGAUGAUAAGAUUGAAAAUUUAGCAGGCAGUAGUAAUGAUUUUUUAAGAAUGGCAAAGGAAUUAAGUGAGCAACAACAAGCAAAAAAUAAAAAAUGGCUUCCUUGGUAA